AUGGACGACUGGGGCGACCCAUGGCAGGACGAUGCGGCUCCGAAGCAUCCCCCGGCCAUCGACGUGCACAUCCUCGCCGACCGCCAAAGCAAGGAGCGCGUUGUUACACCCGUUCUGACCGGCUUCUUCGAGGACCAGCAGAAGUGGUGCGAGCCUGAUUCCCACGACGUGUGGGCCGCCGCCCACGACGAGCCCGCCGCUCCCGUGCAGCCUGCUGAGCCUGCUGAGCCUGCUGAGCCUGCUGCGCCUGCGGAUGCCCCGGUCUGGGACCUGCCCGACCCGGAGCCUGUCACGUCGGACAAGCCUCCAGAGUCCCACGGAGCCGCCCUCGCGACCACGCACACCGCCGCCCUCGAACCCGACACUCCGCAGCCCGCAGAGGAAGACACGAGCGACGCGGCCUCUGACGACUCGUUUCACGAACCCACGCCAACGCCUGACGCGCAUAAAGAAUCAGGGGUGCCGCCCGCUACCCCCACUGCCCACGAAAUCGAUUCCUCCGAUUCUGGCACCACCAUCGGGCCCGACGCCGCCGGCUUCGCCGCUCUCGACUCUUCUACACCGCCCGCGAGUAGACCACACUCCGAAGAAUUCGAGAGCGGCAUUUCCACCCGCCCCUCGACCUCUCCUUCGGAAGCUAGCCACGGCGAUGGCUUGUCCGACUCUACAAGAACUUCCUUCGAAGAUGAUGUCGGGCCGCAAGGCUUGACCGCGAGUAGUGAAGCGGGGCCGGACAAAGCGGAUGACGCGACACAGACCGCAGGAGAGCCUGAGAACAAAACCGAAAACGAGCAUCAGGCCACUACAUCCGCUCCCAAUGAGGAGACCACCGAGCCUGCACCCAACCAAGUACCCGAAGAGACCGAUGAUGAUACGAAUGAGAUUACGACCGAGCACGAACCUGAAGAUCGAGUUGAGAGCGAACCUGAAGACCUAGUUGAGAACGAGUUCGAGGGCCGAGCUGAGAACGAACUUGAUGAUGAAGUUGAGGACACAUGUGAAGACCGAGUCGAGGACACACAUGAAGACACACCGGAAGACGCCUUUGAUGAUGACGACUUCGGUGACUUCGAAGAAGAGGCGGACGAAGUUCUCGAAGACGAAAUCCACGAGGACGAAACCUCAAACACUGUUGAGAGUCCUGUCGAUGCUGGACCUCCGUCACCGAACCACGGACAUGCCCCAGCGCAGGACUUGAGCGGAUUCGUUCCGAGCAGCCCGAGACCUUUCGUCAAAGCUGACUUUGCGCCUAACCUUAGUCUCAUCGACCAAUUAUUCCCAACCACUGGUGAUAACAACGAACUGCAAGAAGUGGAUGACUCUCCAAUCAAGCCUACCAACGCCCGGAAGGCUUGGUAUCGCCUCACGCGUAUUGAAACUCUGCACGAGGUUCAAAGCGAGAAAGACCAUGACAGCUAUGUGCGUGUAGGUUGGCAGGCUUCCACAGUCCGCGCCGAGACCAACCAGAUUGUGGGUCGAUGGGCGUCCGAAGACCGCAUCAACGGGCGUACACUGCUCGGUGGCAGACCUGGCGCCAUGUUCGGUUGGGAUUCGCCCAAGUUUUCUCCUGCCUCGAGUGUCUUUUCCUUCCACUCCCACAAACGCAAUGCCUCGGCAGCGACCACACCGAAGAAGGCUGUUUUCGAUUUGGAGGAAACCAGACAGAGGCCUGUAUCACUUACCGUGCCACCUCUGCGAAAACCUUCGAUUUCGACUGCCAUCGAUGUUCCUCAAUUCAGCUGGAGCACCGCGGUGGACGAGCCGAACGAGCCUGCAGCUUCUUCUGCUCCCCACUCGAAAACAGCCUUUGCCAACUCAAAGGACGGCAGCAAUCCGUGGGGCGCUGCCUUCGCGGAGAAGUCGCCAACCCAUGAGAUUAUGCCAAUAUCUGCACCGCCGGUAAAAACCUCGUUUGAGGACAGAAAAAGCCCUUUCGUAACUAGAAGCUCUUUCGAAGACUCAGACGCCUGGAAGCCUGCAGAACGUUCUUUCGGGGAGGGAGAUACCUGGGGAUCUGCGAAGGAAUCUUUCGAGUCACAGGGUACUUGGGAGCCUGCAAAGACAACUCUCGAAGAAGCAGAUGCGUGGGAUGCUGCAAAGAGGUCUCUCGAGGAGACAGAUCCCUUCGAACCUCCCAAAGCGUCGUUUGAGGAAGCGAAUGCUUGGGAAUCAACACGAAAGUCCAUCGACCAACAAGACGCUUCCCUGCAAGACAAGGCCUCACUGGACGAAGGUGACGCCUGGAAGACAGCAGAGACUUCGUCGGAGAAACCAGAAUUGCCAGAAUUCCAGUUGCCUCCGCAGCCCCCUGUUGAAAUCCCGGUCAAUUGCAAGCCGGUGAAGAACUCCCAAGAUCAGAUAAUUGGUUGGAAACUGGAUCACGAUGCUAUUAAGAAAGCGGCUGCCGAGGAAAAGGCGGCUGCUCUGCAAACUCUACAGGAAGCGAGCGAACCAAGGCCCCCACACACUCGUGCGGUGUCGGACUCUAACAUUCUCCAUGUCAUGUCGCCUUUUGACAAUCCGUUCGCUCCUCCAGAAGCUGAGAAGCCCGAACCGACCCCGGAUGAGGACGCGCAAGCGCAGUCUGGUGAGAAGAAAAAGAAGAAGAGGCUGAGCUGGCUCACAUUUCCUAAAAAGAAGAAGAACAAUGAUCUCCACCACAAGAGGUCUGUGUCUACUUCUAGCUUUUUAGCUGUUUCGAAUAGCACAGCUGUUCCGCCUAAGAGCUCAUCUUUACCAUCUUGGGAAAGUCCCUGGGCAAAAAUGGCGACGAAGUCCCCCUUGGCGAACGAAGUCACCGGUCCAGACCCUGAGCCAGAAAUAGCUCGUAAAGAAUACGAGCCGGAAAUGGCCCUCAGGAAACACGAGCCGAAUCCGUGGGACAAUGCUUUCGACAACGCUUGGGACGAUGCUAGGCCGUCUACUGCAAAAUCCAACGCCUCCCACCGUGAUUCUGUUCUGAUAUCGAAACCCGAGCUACCCGCCAUUGACACUGCUGUUCGUCCUCCAUCUCCUCGAGAGGUCGUCACUACGCCGAAGUUGCCAGCCAUCGACACCAACCCUGAGCCGCAUAAGGCUGACAGUCCUGUCCACGAAGAAAAAAGCUGGGGCAAUACCGUUGAAUCACCAAUGGCUUCUCCUUCAGUCAUGACUCCUGAUGAGAAUCCAUGGGGAGAUCCAUGGAAGGCUACGUCGGUACCGCCCGCGCCUAUAACCUUGUCCGUGGAUCCACCUUCAGUUUCCAAGCCAGCUACUAAACUUGCGCCUCUUGAUACCAGCUUCAAGCCCCAAGAGACGGACGAUGACGACUGGGGUGAGAUGGUGGAAUCUCCUGCAGCAUCCUCGCCCGUACUUGCGCCUCCGCCAUCAGGGCAAUGGGGUCUUCCCCGUAGCGUUUCGCCAAUUGGCUCGCCCAUUAGUAAGACCACCCGAACUCACCCACCAAGCCCUUUGGUGCCUGCGCCGAUUCGAUCUGCUACGAUGCCCCUUUCGCCAACAACUUCAGGCCUAGCAUCUCCGCCCCGUGUCAAUACGCCAAAGUCGACGAGCAAUUGGCUCCCCAAGCCGACCAACCACCCGCGGCCGCUCAGCCCUCUCAACCCGGCACGGUCUUCUACUCUCCCCAUCUCACCUACCCUAGGCAGCUUACAACCGCUGUCGCCGUCACCGGUGCUGGAGCAGAAGGAGGUUUUCCGCCCUGCCCCAAUCUCCAUUGCCCCAGCAGAUUCGGAUCCGUGGGAUAGCGUUGAUUUUUCCGUCUUCGAUAAGCCUGCGUCCGCUGCUUCACGUAAUGCCUCACAUAACCGCACCUCCUCCAGCCCUCUCCCAAGCCCUGACCCCACUUCAACCGCUCCUACCAUCACAUUUGACAACAUCUUAGGUGGAGCUACCCGCACCGACCGCUCAAGCUCCACGCCUCUUACGUUUGACCAAAUUCUGCAGCCUUCGCGCGAGCGGUCAGGCUCUGCUAGGACAUUUGAUGACAUUCUGGCCCAGCCGGGCCAAUUGUCACGGGCCAACUCGCAACAGAGUCUGAAGGCUACAGCUGCUGGUCAAGCGCAGGCUGGCCCGGUGACUAACUGGGCCGAGCAGGACAAAGAGGCUGUGAAGAAGUUCGUGGCUGCGCUGCCAGAUAUGAGUUAUAUGCUUCGAUGA